AAAUAUAAAUAAAAUAAAUGAAUUAACUGCGCUCGAAUAAAAAUAAUAAAAUCCUUUGUACGCUUGUACGCGCGUUCAAAUUAUAAAAAAAUUAGUAAUAAUAAAAUAAAUUUCAAUAUACUCGUAGUUUAUAGCAAACGUCUGUUGGAUGCCCUUAUAAAGGGAUCUAAAGCUAUAUUUCGUAUUUAUGCAUAAUCCAACGUCUUCCAUGUUGCUAAAUCAAACAACAAAAUAUUUAUAACAUUUAUAAAAUUUGCUGAAGCAUUGAUAGAAUUUAAGAAAUAAAUAAAAACGAAGAUAGUUAAGUAUAAUCCCAUGUCUUCCUGCGUGUGCGCUGAAAAUAUAAAUUAUAUAAGUGAUAUAUACAUGUUUAAUGAAUAUCAUAUUAAUAUUUUGACAAGAAAUGUUUCGCUUGUAAAUUCAUAUUGAUUACUAAGAAAAAAUAAAUAUGUGAAACUCCUCAUACUAAUCAUACUAAUCCAAUGUCCUCCAUAACAUUAAUGUAGUUAUACUAUGAAAUAAGAAAAAAAUAAUUUUAUGUAAAAGCGGAAAACUAAUAUUUAAUUAUAUGACCCCAUGUUUUCCUUGUGGCAGACGCAUUAAUAUUUAUAUGUUCGUAUACAAACUAAUCGUGUAAACCAAUGAAACUAAAUUUACCAAGAGUAAAAUUGAUAAAUUUAAACUAUUAAACAAAAACAGAUAUACAUACAUAUUUUGUUAAAAUACAUAACAAAAAAAAAAUACCAAAUAUGCUUUCCUCAACCAUUCAUACGGCACCGAUCGAUAACGAUGUAACUUCAGAUGUUUUCAAAAUGCCGAAACCAAAAAAGCGCCGCAAGCGUCGAAAACGCGCUACUGCCGCUCCACCCACAAAGUCCAACGCAACUUCCGCGACCGCAAGAGAGGCCGACAAUACACUCUCCGUAGCCACUGUCUCCAGCACCACCAGCACUUGCACGAACACAACGACACGUCGUCGCGCUGUUCACAAAGAGCGCCGCUAUUUUCAACAUGAUACGCGUGAAAUUGUCAAAACGAUAACAAAGAGUGAACUCAAUUAUGCUGCAGUAGCAAAGAAAUUCAAACCACUUGCAACAUUGAAUAAAAAUAGAAUGCAAAACAAGCCGGCAAAGCACACAAACCCAUGGCAUAAACAACAAAUGAAAUUCAACAAACGUCAGCAGCAGCUACAAACGAAAAUGGCUACAAAGCUUGUCGCAAAAUAUGCUCCACACUUUUGUUCCUCAUCAACAGCCACCACUACUUCGUCACAGCCUGUUCAUUGCAAUUGCGCAUGUGCCAUUGCCACCGUCGCCAGCCCACAUGCCAAACGGAAGCGUCAGAAAAGCAACAAUUGCGAAAGUCAUACAUUUUCUAAUAACAAACGGCCGGCUGUGGAUCUGAAACAACAAUCUUCCAUAGCAGUCGAAUCUGCUUUAAUGGUAGAAGAAUUGUUGAAAAAACUACUUAAAGCUCAAGCUACUAAUGUGAAUGUUGCCACUUCAAUGCCACAUUUGCUGAGUUUAAUGCCACAUUCCGGCAUUGGUUCCGGGUCCGGCCAACGAAUAUCGCUCUUAGAUUCGCUUUUAGGCGCACACUUUCAGCAUACGACUAGUCUGCGCCAGCAGCAACUCAGACAUGUCGUUAGUGUCCGUGAGACGCAUCAAAUUGCUGAAGCACAGCAAGAGAAGAACGCUAAAUUACGUGAAGCUUUCAACAUUUCUGAAUACUUUGUUGAAGGCUCUAGUUUCGAUUCGGAUCGUAAAGCAAAGGAAGAUUUAGCUAAAAGCCUGGCGCUGCAAAAGGAGCUCGACGCGCAACGCGAAAGCGCCGCAGUAGGCAAAGAUAAGGAUAGGGAACGUGCAGAUAAGCGACGUUAUGCAUUAGUGCGUACGCCAUCGCGUGAAAAAGACAUUGCUGGCAGUGGUGGCAGCAAAGGCGGCAGUGAUAAUGAAACUCAUGAGCAUGUAUCAAAAUCAGAGAAGAAGAAAAAGAAGAAGCGCACGCGUGAAAGUUCCGCGAGUCCUGAGCGUAAAAGGGAUAAGAAGAAAAAGUCUAAGAAACAUAAAAAAGAAAGUAAGUCGAAGAAAAAGAAAUCACGUAAACGUAAGGCAAGCGAAUCCGAUAGCGGUGACUCUGAUCAUGACUCUGACAACGAGAAACCCAGCAGUGAUUCGGAGUAUGAAUUGAAGAAACAACGCAAACGGGCCAAAAAGGACAAGAAGAAACGUGAUAAGAAGAAGAAGAAGGAACGCACCAGCUCAGUAGAGAAGUCGCGCUCAAGAUCACCUGAACGCACAGUUAGACAUAACCGCAAGCGUUCUGAUGAAAGAUCAUCAAGAAGAGACGAAAGGCGUAACUCACGCCGAAGAAGCGUAUCAAAAUCUGCAAUCAAAAAUCCUUUCGAUCGCCGCUCUACGGAACGAUCUUCUAGGGACGAGCGUAAGCAACGUGAAGAAAGAUCAAGGAAAAACGAAAGGAACUCCUCGCGGAAUGUGUCUAAAUCUCCCACAAGAAAUCCCUUCCGCAGUCGCUCGCUUGAACGUGCAAUACAGCGUCGUCGUUCGCGGUCAACCUCGCACCGUCGCAAUUCACCGGCAGAAAGUCGAAGUAGGGAGCAUUCCAAUGAACGACAUCGUGACAAUGUCGAACGUCGUAGUCGACGUGAACGUGAUGAACACUCACGUGAGCGUCGCAGAGAAGUGUCUAGAGAUCGUAAUAAACGACAAAAUAGCAAGCGUAAGCAAUCCCGCUCUAUUUCACGCGACGAGCGUGCUGCACCGUCGUCGUCACGCUCACGCCAUGAUAGGGCCCCACGCACUCGUACGAGUCGUUCGCGAUCUCGUUCAAAAUCUCCGCAGCAUAGCAAGCGAAGGUGCUCACCUUCCCCUUCUACCGUUGAUAAAUUACGCAAGCGCACCAUUACUCCAACAGUACCACCACUAAAAGGUGUCGCUGCUUCUGUCUCGCCGACUCGAUCUGAUUCUAGCACACGAAAAAAUCCAUUCAAUCCAUUCAAAGUUGAUGCACCGCUGCUUGCAGUACCCGCAUCUACGAGUGAAAUAAAAUCGAGCGCGAAUCCAUUUAAGAAUGCAGUAGAGCCAGCAAAACUUGCCAAGCUGUCGAGUCGCACUCGAUCACCAUCUGCAGCCAGCAGCGUACUCGGUCGAACUGAGAAAGGAAGAUCGCAGUCAAAUAAGGAUAUAACACGGAUGAGUCAUGGCAAAUCACCAGUAAAGCGUGAGCGUUCGUCUUCGGUGCGGUCAUCACAUUCGAAUAGGGAUGUGCGACCGCCGCCAAACGAAAAACGAUAUGCCAGAGAGCGAUCGAGAGAACGCAAAAUUUCACCCGUUCGACGACGCUCGCCUACACGUGCUGAGCGUGAAUUCAAAAGAGAACCGUCGCGUGAGCGUGAAUUCAUAAGGGCACAGUCACGUGAGCGUGAAUUAAAAAGGACGCGAUCGCGAGAGCGCAAACCUUCACCCGUUCGACGACGCUCGCCUCCACGAGCUGAGCGUGAAUUCAAAAGAGAACCGUCGCGUGAGCGUGAAUUCAUAAAAAAACAGUCACGUGAGCGUGAAUUAAAAAGGACGCGAUCGCGAGAGCGCAAACCUUCACCCAUUCGACGACGCUCGCCUCCACGAGCUGAGCGUGAAUUCAAAAGGGAACACUCGCGUGAGCGUGAACUCAUAAGGGAAAAGUCGCGUGAACGUGCAUUCAAAAGGGAACAUUCACGUGAGCGUAGAAGCUCCAAAUCCCGCCAGCGUUCCGGCUCGCGUACUGCGCGAGGAAGUAAACGUUCGGCAACACCCGAAAAAUCAUCUCCAACUAGACGCUCUACAUCGCGCGCUGACCGAGAAGUUGAAAAACGCAGAAGGGGAUCACGUGAGCGUCGUAAGUCGCCCGAUUUGCGAGCUGUAGAACCACGUUCAGUUCGUGAUAUGAAAGAAAGGGACCAACCUUCGCGCCAACAUCGAAUGGCGCCUGAUAAGCGCUCUGAACAACGAACAUCUGAGGAUCGAACUGUUAGCGCAAUACGCGCGCCAUCCCGCAAAUUAUCCCCCACACGCCAUCGACGAUCAGCGUCCCACUCCCCUGUAGCCGUGAAAGCAAAAAAGAGCGCUGCAUCUCUAGCGCGCAGCAAAUCUCGUACACCAACAGAAAAGCGUACGAAAACUUUAACCUCUCCGCCGCCUAAUAGGCGCGCAGAGGAUGAAGCUGUGCCACCUCGUCGUUCCCAAUCGCAUAACUCCUCGGAACUAAGUUACUCACCGGCGCGACGUAAUCCUGAGCGUUAUCGCGACAUACUCGAAUCAAAGGAAAAAGGGAAAGGCAGAGAAAAAGAAAAGGAAAAGGAAAAACCAGUGUCACACGCGCAAGAUUCGAAAAGACGUGAUACCGAAGUUGAUGCAUCCUCUCAAGAUGCACGUAAGAUGCGUGAUGUGCCCGAAGAGCCGUUGGCAAACGAUCAAGAAAUUCGCGAGCGUAGUGGACGAGACAAAGAGCGUGCCACGGACGAAAAUAGUCGUGCGCGAGCACCUGAACGUGAACGAGAUUUAGAGCGCGAAAGACAGCGUGGCGUCGACCGCAACGGUCGUCCCCGCAGCCGGGAAAAGCGCAACAGGGAACACAAACGGGAACGCGAAAGUCGUGCUGCGUCCACCUCCAAGCGUACUAAGCCAAUGUCAGGGCCAGUAGUGCGGUUACAAGGUCAGAGCGAGGAUGAAAACGAUGCAGAUGAUCGCACCGAAAAGGUGGCUGCAUCACUCGAUGAAUUCCAGGAAAUAAGACGUGGACGAGAACUUAAAGACUUGGAAAUGCUGGAACAGCUGAAAACGGACAUAGCCGCUAAAGCAAAGGAAAAAUUGAAAUCAAUUGAGAAAAUGGCCACUGGUGGAGGAAGCAUUACGAGUGAAGUAAGUGAAAAUAAUAACAAUGAACAGCAGCGCUACAGACACGGCGGCAUGCGAAAUUCGUUAAACGAGUUUCUUGUGGCCAACAAUGUGGCUGCCGCAGUAGUUGAAGUAGCUUCGAAUACUAAUAGAAAUAACAACAGUAAUAAUAACCAUAAAAACAAUAGCAAUAGUACUAACAAUAACAAUCACACAGUAACCAAAGCAAAGGAAGCAGAGAGUAGUGGGGAUACGACGCCGCCAAUGGCAGCGAUUUACCCCCAGCCGCUUGAAGAACAAAUGGCAAACGAGGUGCGAACUCAAAGUGAAACGGCAAACAACUCGAAAAUAGAAACCGACAAAGAAAAAGAGAAAGACGUAGAUACAGCAAAAGCACAAACGCCAGAGGAGAGUACGGACAUCGCGCCGCAGGCUGAUUGCAAAGCCCCAAGUGCAGCAAAUGGUCAGGCGGCGAAAAGUCCAACAUUACCAGCUCGCGAAAAUUCGAAUAUUAACGCGCGAAACGCAAAUACAACUAUCAGUCGUCAGCAAAUGACACUGCGCCGUGGCGUGCGUCGUUCUCCACCGCCACCGCUUAUUCUACAUCCGCGAAAAUCACACCACAGAGUAAAAAUCAAUACACCUAGUGGUGGUGUUUCACUUAUUAACGCGCCGCUUUCCUCCGGUCCUCCCUCUAACUACAACCAUUAUGGCGGAGUUAACAAUCCGGGCAACGCCGCCGCUGGUGCUUUUAUGCGCCAAUCAUUGAGUCGCGUCAAUCACCAUCACCAUCACAAUAAUCCACCACUGAUAGCCCAUGCUCCACAUGGCUUUAAUCCGUUAUUGAGUAAACACUUUAACAGCGGUAUCAACAGCUUGAACAAUAACACAAUGCUAAUUAGUCGUCGCGAACACCAUCAUCGCUGUGCGAUGAACUUAAAUGCUAACCUAAAUGCUCAAUUCUCCUCAACUAAUUUCUCUAAUAAUAGCUUACUACUAACACCCAAUAAUAGCCAUCAUGCUCACCACCAUCAUUCGCACCAACACCAACAUCAGCAUCAGCAUGGCUCCAAUGCUUCGGUCAUAUCUGAUCAGUUGUUGAUUGCCGCCUCAUUGGCGGCAGUUACGGGCGGCGGUGGCGGUGGUGGUGGUCCUGGUGGUGGUCAUCAUGCACGUGGUCACCAUCAUCAUGAGCUGGGUGUGAGUGUGGCGGGUCAUCAUCACGGCUACAAUGCGGCAGUAGCUGCUGCAGCUUCUAGUUUAAGUUAUCAUCACCACCAUCAUCACCACCAACAUUCGAAUAAACCGAAAAUUAUAAUAAAGCCUUUUAAAAUUAACGAUUCACAGCCUCUGGUAGCGGCACUAGCCGAUAGUACACUCGUCGAUACAAUCGUAUCCAAGGUAUCCACAGCUACUGUGGCCGCAGCAGAGAGUGCAGCACGUCGUAGUAGUAGUCGUACAAGGCGUAGUCGCAGCCGCAGCCGUAGUCGCCCACGACGAGAUGGUGGAGGUGGCGGCAGCGGCGCUGGUGGAGGAGGAGGAGGAACAAGCCGUCGGCAUUCCACUAGCCGAUCACGUUCAUCGCAUUAUUCGUCGUCGAGCAGUCGCAGCCAUAGCCGCACUCGGAGCCACAGCCAUCGCAGUUCACGUUCUCGCUCACAUUCACAUUCUUCGCAUUCGAGUUGUUCGACGCGAAGUAGUUCACGGAGUUCUUCAAGCUCUGGUACUUCCGGUUCCUCACGUACUGGCUCCCGUUCACCAUCAAUUCCUCGACGUCGUGGAUCUCCCAGCUUUCUCGAUCGACGUCGCAUAACGAGGUACUAAACUAAAAAGUGUUUCUCAAAUUUCUUAAACAAUUUUAAUCCGUA